CUUUGAAAUGUGGUGAGCGGGUUUAGGAUAACUACGUUACGCCUAAGACUAUGCUACAGGCCUACUAUUCAUGGGCAACCGGUUAGCUUGUUGUCGCCAAACAUGGAUAGAAUUUCAUGAUGAAAGUGAAGAAGACUGCAAGAAUCACCCAUUACCCCGAGUUUUUGGUCACCAGAAUAAUGGUGCUGAUUUCUCUGAAGAGGAUAGUGGAUUCAAAAUUGAAAAUCGUGAACUCUGUGUCAGUUGUACACGUAUUAGCGUACCUGAGAAACCUUCUGUUGCGUAUAAUUUAACACAACACAUAAGUGAACGGGAACCAGAAGGUUUGUGACCUAUGGGUCACAUUUAUUAUAUUAAUGCACCAUAGAUGUCGAGUUUGACCCAUCACUUAAUGCCUCACAACAUACACUGUUCCUUUCCGGCAUUACACCUGAAUAUCAGAGUAAGUGAGAUACUUUUUUACACUAAGAUCUAGUGGUAGGAUUUUCCAGGGACCUGACGGUAUGUUGUAAAUUUAUUUAUGGCUUACGCAACAUCAGCCCAUGUCUAGGAAAGGGGCUCCUACAACCCUUUCUAUUAAACGGUGGAGUUCUUGCAGUACUAUAUAUGUUGGGGAUGGCUAUCUGGCUCGUCCUGAUGUGAAUGACAUUGUAUCUAGCGUGUCAGUGGCUAUUCAACUUCUUAUGUGCAGUGAUCUAAACAAACAUUUUUCAAAGCUGUUACAUAAACCGGGUGUAAAUUCAUGUCCUGACUUCCUGCAGGAUAUGUAUGAAGAGGUGUAUAGAAAUUUUGAUGAACGAGUCUACCCCAUUGAGCACCUCGUGUAUGAUGAAGAUGCAAAUACCAGUACUAUAAAUGAUUGGAAAUCUUCAACAGCCUAUCAUAUUCGACAGUUUCUGCGUCGUCUUUUCAGCACAGCCCUAUUGGGACCCGAAUGUGCUAUUGUAGCCCUUAUAUUUCUUGAACGACUUAUACUUGGAGCCGAAGUGGCUAUGACAUCAUGGACAUGGCGUCGUCAACUUUUAGCUUGUGUUCUUCUUGCUAGCAAAGUUUUAGAUGAUCAGGCUGUAUGGAAUAUCGACUAUUGCCAAAUUCUCCGGGAUAUCCAUGUUGAGGAUUUGAAUGCUUUGGAACGACACACAUUAAGACUGUUACGGUUUAAUAUCAAUGUACCAUUUGGAGUAUAUGCCAGAUAUUAUUUUGACUUGUUAACCGUUGGGGAGAGCGCUGGAGUCGCAAAUCAAGCUGUUAAACGAAAACGCUUAACUCCUGAAAGAGCACGCAACUUCCGAAUAUUACCUACUAAUUUGGAAAUAUGUACAUCGGACAAAACAUUAUUAGAUAGAGGAUUUCUUUUUGACUUACCUUCUUUCACAAAAUCAGAAGUAUUGUGCAAUAAGAAAGAGAAACAAACGCGUAUUACUAUUCAGAAAUCAACAGAAGUUAAAUGCUACAAAGACGGUAAUCAUAAAAAGUUCAUUAAAACUCCUUUUUUAAGUCGAAAUCAGGCAACUGACCAUGAAAUUAACUUGUCCAACCCAAAGUUUGAUCUUAUGCUUGAUCAUGUAACAGUUCCUGUUGAUAUUAAUUAUCAGUCUUUCAAUAAUGUAAUUUCCGAUGAAUCGUUGGUUCCAAUCCACCUAGAUGAAGAAACCGAUUUUGUAAAUUCUACUCCCCCAACUUUUUCAAAGUUAAGAGAUUUUACUUGUCAGUCGAAACAAUCAAAGACAAAGUACUCUUACACAGACCAAGAGCGUUCUAACCAGUUUCAUCCCUUAUUAUUAUCAUCAUCUUUGAAUUAUCAAAAAGAAACAGUUCCUUGCACGAAGCUUCUGAUCAACUCCUCCUGUAAGCCUUUCCAAACGUCAGCUUGUGUUCGGAAUUUUAAUCCACCUUGUUCCUUAAAUGAAGCAACAGGUGUAGAUCCCAAUAAUGUAACUGAUUCUCGUAUGGGAACAGAGUUUAUGCGAUCUCUUAUGGGUGGCGAUGUAGCUUAUUCCUUAUUACGCGAUUCUGGAUUAUAUUGAUUAGCUAAGGUUUAAUAUAUUUGCUUUUAAUAUUAUUUGUGCUAUUGUUAUUAACGCUUAUAGUGAGGAACUUUCUACUAAAAUUCUGGCUAUUUUGUAUUUGUGUGCAUUUAUUUAUUUGCCUUUAUCACUAAAACUACUUCUAUUUUUACUCAGUUUUAUUUUUAUUUCAUACUGUUUUCUUAACAUGCCAUUAUUAAUAAUUUCAUUCUUCCCAUAUGGAUGUUAAACAUUUUUGAGUCUCUUAAUCAAAUUCCCCAUAUAUAUUUACUGUCAAUCUAGUCUCUUCUGUAUAUUCAACAAUCUGCAAUAUUCGAAUACAACGAUUGUGUUUCCAUUACGAUUAUUAGCAGUAGUAUUAGUGACAGCAAUUUUAUAACUCUACUAUAAGUUGGUAUUUUCUUAUGUUUCAUUUUGUGAGUUUUUCGUACGAUGGUUAUAUAUAUAUAUAUACUUUAUAAAGAAUUGUAUGUUUAGUAUUUUAGAUUCCUCUCAUUCGUUUACUACGUAUUUACACAUGUAUAAUUGUUGUAUUUUCCUCAGAUAAGUAUUCCUUCUUGUAUUUAUCAUUUGACAGAUAUAUGAAUAAAUCAAGUUUAUUAUAGGUAUCAUAUUUAUACAGGAAAUGAUUAACAAUGUACAUUUUUUGAUUAAAUAAAAAAUAAACAUGUGUACGAUUUUUA